CCGUGAGGGUGUUCGGACUGUGUUUGCUCAGGGUUUGAAAGAGCCGAGUAAUCUGACUGAUAACAGGGUAGUGGCCAUGAAUUCAUAAAUAGUAGACAUCUUCCUCCUAGCUAGGUUUAAGUGCCCGAUAGACACCUAACGAUGUUCGACGACGGACCUGGACUUUACUUGGCCACGUCAGCCUUGACAUUAACUUUUCUAAGCUAUUGUCGAAAAUAUUGGCUCAGUCGUUCGCACCCUCCUCUGCCGCCUGGUCCUACCCCCCUCCCAAUAGUAGGAAAUGUUCUCAGUCUUGAUGUCGCUCGACCUUGGUUGACCUUCAACGCCUGGAGAUCCACAUAUGGCGAUAUCAUAUAUGCUCGUCUGCUUAACAAGCCUGUUAUUGUAAUAAAUUCUGAGGAGGUUGCGAAAGACCUUUUUGAAGGGCGGUCCACUACAUACUCGGAUAAACCCCAGUCGAUCGUUUACGAACUCUUCGCGUCAGACUUCAACGCAGGGCUCAUGCCAUAUGGAGACAGGUGGCGCCUGCACCGACGCGUGUUUCAUCAGGCAUUUCGUCAAGCUGAAAUACCUACUUAUCAUGCUUUGCAACUCCGUUCUGCACACAGAAUGUUGUCUAGUCUUCAACAAGACCCAGGCAAUUAUUCAAGCCAUGUUCAGAUGUUCAUGGCUUCGUUGAUGCUGUCUAUUGUAUAUGAUUACGAAGUGAAAGCCAAGGAUGAUACCAUCCUUCACGUCGUUGAAAGGUAUGGAGAACUGGUCGUAGAAGCGCUGACGCCGGGUGCUACUGUGGUGAUGGAGACAUUCCCUUUCCUGUUGAAGCUACCUAGCUGGUUUCCUGGUGCCACAUUCAAACAAGCAUCAGUGAAGUGUCUGAACGCAGGCCAUGAUGUGAAGGAGAUACCCUUUCAACAUCUCAAGGAGAGGAUGUCUACCGGCGACGUGGCACCAUGCUUUGUGACUGAAGCUUUGAACAGGACGGGGCUGUCCGUUGAGGACGACAUCGUCAUUACAACUGCAAUCAAGGAGGCCGCUGCCAUCGCAUUUGGAGCGGGGGUUGAAACGAGUGCUUCUACGUUACUCGUGUUCCUUCUCGCUAUGGUACUCCACCUAGAGGCACAAGCCAAAGCGCACGCGGAAAUUGACCGAGUCGUUGGCAAAGAUAGACUUCCCGGUUUCGACGAUAGGCCUGCUUUGCCUUACGUGGAAGCUAUUUUGCGUGAAACACUCAGGUGGCACCCUGUGGUUCCGUUCGGCGUUCCAAGCACGACAACUACCAGUGACAUCUACAAAGGUUAUUUCAUCCCCAAAGGGGUGGUUGUAUUUAAAAAUGCAUGGGCGAUGACCCAUAAUGAAACGAAGUACCCCAGUCCCGAUGAAUUCAAGCCCGAACGAUUUCUCCAUGAUGAUGGGUCCCUCACCAGCGACAUGAUGCCUUUAGGCUUUGGCUGGGGUCGCCGGAUAUGUGUGGGACAACAUCUCGCAGAUGCGUCACUCUGGAUCGCGAUGGCAAACUUCCUGGCCGUUUUCUCGGCCCACAAGGCUCUUGAUGAUCACGGAAUGGACAUCCCAGUCGUUCCAAAGUUCUCCACUGGUCUCAUUAUUCAUCCAGAGGAAUUUUCCUACCGCAUUGUCCCGCGAUUUCCGUGUACAUCUGAGACAUUGACGCACUUGACUGGGUUAGAAUAAUCGUGAUCAUGGUAUAUAGGUAUCUAUAUCAUGUACAGUGGCUCACAGAGAUAUAUGGUUUUCUACUUUGACUAUGCAGCACUCGUUCUUUAGUUCAAGCAUAAGGUACAAAUGCGAGGCAGGUCGAAGUUGGAGGUCAUCAUAAACAUAAUAUGUCCUACUGGUCGAGGCUGGUAUUUAACGAGUGCGCUGUCGGACAACACAAUAACUAACUCCAGCUGAGAAGGUAGUAGUGCGUUUGCGGUGUU